AUGUCUCUGAUCGCAACGCUGCAUGAGCAGGUUGGCCAGAGCCUGCCGCCGCUUCCACCUCUGCAUAACCCCCUUUCUCUAUCGUCACAACAGGGAGUGCGGUGGAAACACAGCCUUGAUGUGGGCGGUGAGAAACACGUGCCCGAGACGCUGGAGCGUGCCAACCAGGCCGGCACUAUAGUCAAGGACCAGAACUUAUCACUGCUCCAUGGGGCGGCGAAGAGGGGCGAUGAGCAGGUGGUCAAGACGCUCCUGGACGUCUGCCACUUUCACCCUGCUGAGCUGGACGAAGACAAUAUCACUCCGCUCAGGUACGCAGUCAGGUGUCCUCAUUUCGGGGUUGUCAGACUUCUCCUGGACCACGGCGCGGACCCAUCGCAGCGGUCCCGUCCGAGAAUGACACCCCUUCACGCAGUAAUUGCCUUGGACCAGGAUGCCACCGAGAUAGUCGCCCUGCUGCUUGCGUUCGGAGCCGACACUUCGGCCCAAGACCAUUACGACCGAACACCGUUGCAUCUUGCGCUCAGGGACAGCUUUGAUACGACUGCGCUCGAGGAGGCCAUCAUAGUCACCAGCCACGCGGGCAUAGCGAAGCUGCUCUUGUCAAGAGGAGCGCGUCUAUUCCCGGAGCGCGAGUCUCCACGUAACCCGAUAUACGAAGUAGCCAAGUAUGGCAACGUGGAACUUGCGAGGCUGCUUCUCGAGUAUGGAUGUGAUCCCAACCAUGCAAGCGAUAGGGGAGACCCGCCGCUCCAUGCGGCCUGCCGACAAGGACAUUUUGACAUGGUACAACUCCUCCUAGACUCUGGCGCCCAAAUCAACGCCCAGUCCGCCAAUUGCGAAAACACAGCUUUACACGAAGCACUCCGCUCCAGGCAUUUACAUCUGGUCGAGUGCCUGCUUCAGGCUGGUCCGGAUCUUGCGAUUGCGAACGAACAUGGGGAUCAGCCGCUCCAUAUAGCGUUGUCGCUAGGGAGACAGGACGUGAUCGAGGCUCUGCUUGAUGCCGGAGCAGACAUUGCCGCGAGAGAUGGCGAAGGAGAUACAUUCCUGGAGAUUCUCGAGGGCUGGGGUCAUGACGAGGUUGCCACCAAGCUCGCCGAGAGAGUGCCAGCCUAG